AGUCUGACCCACUCGGCGACAGUUCCCACUCUCCGAGUUCACUUUUGUCGAGCCAGACAUAGGAGCUUUGAUUCAUAUUUGGUGUUCAUAUUUGCCCUUUUUGGUUGUUGUCAAUCAUGGACGUGGUACAAAAUGAAUGGCAACAGGGAGAGUUGCAAUGUUUUAAAGAUCCAAUGACGAUGCUUUUUGGAUGGUUCUGCUCCUUGUGCUUGGUGUGCAAGAAUGCCAAGGAUUUGGGAGAAAGUGUUCCAAUGUAUUGUUGCCUCAGUUGCUUCUGCCCCGUCGUUGGCAUCUGCCUUCUUAGGCAGAAAACAAGGGAGAGAUAUGGCAUUGAAGGCGAUACCACGAAGGACGUUCUCUGCUCGUGCUGUUGUUCGGCUUGUGUGAAUUGUCAAACCGCCUCGGAGAUCAAAGCCAGGGAAGGACUUUGAGGGAAAUUUCAAAUACCUUCAUAUUAGUAGGGGAUAUUGAUUGUGAUAUUCUACCUAAGAUCUUCAAACACUCUCUCUAGAUGCUCAAUUCUUCUUGUUUUCAUGUUUAUUUGAACUCUUUGAUCCAGUUACGGCAUUUAACUCGCGAGUCAAUAGAAAGUUAUUUUUCGCUCAGAAAA